GCAGAAAUGCUGGGGUGAGACACGGCCAGGUCCGCCCCGUUCCUCCAGGGAACUCCCCUCUCCGCCCUCCCUCUCCGUCUCCUCUUGCCCACCUCCUCCUCCUCCCCUCCCGCUACUCCAUCCCACCGCGCCCGCCCCUCGUCAUCGCCCCCUUUCCCCUCCCGUCUCCCGGCCGUGGUGCGGCGCAGCUCUCUCCCCCUCCGCAGUCUCAGUGGCGAGCUCCGGGUGCUGUGGCCCGGCCUUGGCGGGGCGGCCUCCGGCUCAGGCUGGCUGAGAGGCUCCCAGCUGCAGCGUCCCCGCCCGCCUCCUCGGGAGCUCUGAUCUCAGCUGACAGUGCCCUCGGGGACCAAACAAGCCUGGCAGGACAAAAUUAGAAGAUCAAAAUGGAAAAUAUGCUACUUUGGUUGAUAUUUUUCACCCCUGGGUGGACCCUCAUUGAUGGAUCUGAAAUGGAAUGGGAUUUUAUGUGGCACUUGAGAAAGGUACCCCGGAUUGUCAGUGAAAGGACUUUCCAUCUCACCAGCCCCGCAUUUGAGGCAGAUGCUAAGAUGAUGGUAAAUACAGUGUGUGGCAUCGAAUGCCAGAAAGAACUCCCAACUCCCAGCCUUUCUGAAUUGGAGGAUUAUCUUUCCUAUGAGACUGUCUUUGAGAAUGGCACCCGAACCUUAACCAGGGUGAAAGUUCAAGAUUUGGUUCUUGAGCCGACUCAAAAUAUCACCACAAAGGGAGUAUCUGUUAGGAGAAAGAGACAGGUGUAUGGCAUCGACAGCAGGUUCAGCAUCUUGGACAAAAGGUUCUUAACCAAUUUCCCUUUCAGCACAGCUGUGAAGCUUUCCACGGGCUGUAGUGGCAUUCUCAUUUCCCCUCAGCAUGUUCUAACUGCUGCCCACUGUGUUCAUGACGGAAAGGACUAUGUCAAAGGGAGUAAAAAGCUAAGGGUAGGGUUGUUGAAGAUGAGGAAUAAAAGUGGAGGCAAGAAACGUCGAGGUUCUAAGAGGAGCAGGAGAGAAGCUAGUGGUGGUGACCAAAGAGAGGGUACCAGAGAGCAUCUGCAGGAGAGAGCGAAGGGUGGGAGAAGAAGAAAACAAUCUGGCCGGGGUCAGAGGAUUGCCGAAGGGAGGCCUUCCUUUCAGUGGACCCGGGUCAAGAAUACCCACAUUCCGAAGGGCUGGGCACGAGGAGGCAUGGGGGACGCUGCCUUGGACUAUGACUAUGCUCUUCUGGAGCUGAAGCGUGCUCACAAAAAGAAAUACAUGGAACUUGGAAUCAGCCCAACGAUCAAGAAAAUGCCUGGUGGAAUGAUCCACUUCUCAGGAUUUGAUAACGAUAGGGCUGAUCAGUUGGUCUAUCGGUUUUGCAGUGUGUCCGACGAAUCCAAUGAUCUCCUUUACCAAUACUGCGAUGCUGAGUCGGGCUCCACCGGUUCGGGGGUCUAUCUGCGUCUGAAAGAUCCAGACAAAAAGAAUUGGAAGCGCAAAAUCAUUGCGGUCUACUCAGGCCACCAGUGGGUGGAUGUCCACGGGGUUCAGAAGGACUACAACGUUGCUGUUCGCAUCACUCCCCUAAAAUACGCCCAGAUUUGCCUCUGGAUUCACGGGAACGAUGCCAAUUGUGCUUACGGCUAACAGAGACCGGAAACAGGGCGGUGUAUCAUCUAAAUCACAGAGAAAACCAGCUCUGCUUACGGUAGUGAGAUCACUUCAUAGGUUAUGCCUGGACUUGAACCCUGUCAAUAGCAUUUCAACAUUUUUCAAAAUCAGGAGAUUUUCAUCCAUUUAAAAAUGUAUAGGUACAGUUUUGAAACUAGAUGGGCACUUCAAUGCCAAGUAUAUACUCUUCUUUACAUGGUGAUGAGUUUCAUCUGUAGGAAAAUUUUGUUGCCUUCUUAAAAAUUAGACACACUUUAAACCUUCAAACAGGUAUUAUAAAUAACAUGUGACUUCUUAAUGGACUUAUUCUCAGGGUCCUACUCUAAGAAGAAUCUAAUAGGAUGCUGGUUGUGUAUUAAGUGUGAAAUUGCAUAGAUAAAGGUAGAUGGUAAAGCAAUUAGUAUCAGAAUAGAGACAGAAAGUUACAACACAGUUUGUACUACUCUGAGAUGGAUCCAUUCAGCUCAUGCCCUCAAUGUUUGUAUUGUGUUCUCUGUUGGGUCUGGGACAUUUAGUUUAGGUUUUUGAAGAAUUACAAAUCAGAAGAAAAAGCAAGCAUUAUAAACAAAACUAAUAACUGUUUUACUGCUUUAAGAAAUAACAAUUACAAUGUGUAUUAUUUAAAAAUGGGAGAAAUAGUUUGUUCUAUGAAAUAAACCUAGUUUAGAAAUAGGGAAGCUGAGACAUUUUAAGAUCUCAAGUUUUUAUUUAACUAAUACUCAAAAUAUGGACUUUUCAUGUAUGCAUAGGGAAGACACUUCACAAAUUAUGAAUGAUCGUGUGUUGAAAGCCACAUUAUUUUAUGCUAUACAUUCUAUGUAUGAGGUGCUACAUUUUUAGGACAAAGAAUUCUGUAAUCUUUUUCAAGAAAGAGUCUUUUUCUCCUUGACAAAAUCCAGCUUUUGUAUGAGGACAAUAGGGUGAAUUCUCUGAUUAGUAAUUUUAGAUAUGUCCUUUCCUAAAAAUGAAUAAAAUUUAUGAAUAUGACUUUUAAAA